CUCCUUUCGUAAGUUUUAUUUCCAUUUCCGGACCAAUCGGAUUACGUUGUUGCCCGGAUAUUGUAAACAGAAUUGACAUUUAGCUAAUUUUAGCUGUUUUCUUGCUAGUUGAUAAAGAUGUCUUCUGACUUAGUGGCAACUUGGAGACUGCCACUGCCGGAUGGUGAUCAUAAAGUGGAGUUUGAACAUGGAACUACCUCCGGAAAACGUGUCAUUAUUGUUGAUGGAAAGGAAAUAUACAGAAAUGACUGGAUGUUUAAACUUGUUGGAAAAGAACAUUUUAAGGUUGGAAAGGAAAACUGUACUAUAUCUAUUGACGCUUGUUCAGGCUUUGCAUAUGAGUACACUCUGUCAGUGAAUGGCAAAUCUUUGGAAAAGUUCAAAGAUAACAAGAGUAAAACUAUGAAAUGUUGGUACUUUACCACAGGCUCAGCUAGCAGUACACCUUAUAGAGUAGUUUUAGAAAAAGAUAAACUUGAUAUAUGGGUAAAUGGCGUAAAGGUGGAAUCGACUGGCGAAUUUACAGAUGAAGGCACUGAGACUCACUUUGCCCUUGGUAAUAGCUGCAGGUCUGCGUACAUCAGGGCGGAAUCUACGGGGAAGAGACGGGAAGGAAUAGUUCAUAAACUUUUUAUUGAUGACGAGGAGGUCCCGUCGCUAGAGGAACAACAUCAUAAUCAGUUCCAGCAACAUGAUUAGUUUAAAACAACAGUAGUGUUGUUGACCUUUCUCUUCUUAAUACUUGAUCUGUUAAAAAAAAGGUUGAAAAAACUGUGGACUUCAAUCAUGUCAAUUCUCACCUCUUUUGUUUAUACAAAGUUUUUUAAAUGGCUCUUUUAAUAUGCAUUUUGUAUCCUACAUGAAAAGUCUUUUUAGAUUUAAAUGAAAAGCGUCUAAUGAAAUAUCAUAAAGUGAAAUUUUAGUAGGCUUUACAUGAUUUCUUGGAUGAGAUUUAUUUAAAUCUAUAAAAUGGCAACACAUUUAAACAUUUUUUUUUAUUACAUGAUAUUUUAUUAACAGGAAAAUGGCAAAGUUUCUAUCGAUGUAACAUUUUAUAUGAAACAUAUGAAAUAUAAAAAAUACAUAUGAUGGUUGUAUUAAAUUGAAAACAAGCGAAGUCAUGUGAUAAAUGUACAUUUUGUUUUCUCAAGUUGGUUCAUCAAUGAGGUUACCCUUUCCAUAAUAUGUAUUUGUCGGACUAGCAGUCCAAAGAUUUCUUGGGUUCAAACCCCAUCUGAGGCAAGUUGUUGUUUUCACGAGUUAGAAACUUUACACUGGUUGCUUUGUACUGGUUGUUUCCAAGAAUGGGUCGGGGAGUGUUUCAAUAAGCUUAUAGCUUCCUUCACAAUUUAACUAAAAUUAAAACAUAUAAAUUAAUAUGACUGUAUUGAAAUAUUAGACAUGUUAAUUUGAUAUUGAUAGGGCUAUCUUUCAUUUAUUUUCAAAGCACGUGCACAAUUGAUUCUAGGUUGUUUAUAGUAUUGUAGGUAUAUACCUAGUCAAUAUUUUGUUAGCCUUUUUUUUAGAUUUCACCUUAAAUGGAUUCUACUGAGGUUUUUUUAACAUGAUUUGUUGAUUUGUUUACGGAUAUUAUAUUUUUAGAAACAAACAUUUUUGCAUUAUAAAUAGCUCUCUUGACGCUGUUUUAAGGAAAGCUUACACUGUGUUAUGAUGUACUUUUUCUAAGAUAUGAAAUAAAUCUUUGUUAAAUAUUCUUUACUUUUUUCCAGAUUUAAAAAUGAUUUGUCAAGAAAUCAAAGAGUUUAAUUACUUCCUGAACUAGAAAAUCAAUCUGGUUUGAUUGUCUUUGACAAUAUGUUGGUUUGCAGUAACUUUUCAUACCAAUUAAUAAAAUAUUCUAUACAUUUUAAUGCUAUUUUGGUCAAAAAUAAUUUUUUCUUGAUCUGAUAUUGACAAUGUUAAAAAACAAAUAUGCCAUUGCUAAUUUAUUAUUAUUCUUAUUAUUAUUGUAUAAUUGCAAUAGUGUCAAAAAAAAUCCAGUGUGGAUUUGAAUUUCUAAAAGUUUUAAUGUAGUUAAUCAGGCAGCUAUAUUAACCUACUAUAUCAACCCAUGUUUGUUAUUUUAUGCUGAAAUCUCAAUUUUUGUUUUCUUUUUUCACUCUAUUUUAUGCCUGCUGUGAUCAGAGUAGUUUUAUGUAUGUGUCCAAAGUGUAAGUGAAGAUAGAAUAGAGAUUUUAAUACUUUACUGCUGUCACUCAGUAAACUUUUACCUUUACCUUUGUUGUGUAAUUGACUUAACUGAAUUAGAAUUCCAUUUUUACUUGAGAUAUUUUAAGAGUAUAAUUUUUGAAUUUGAGUAGCUAAUAGAAAAGAGUAGUGUUAGACUGUGACUCUGGCAGUACUUGGAAGCAUUUUCAGGGUUGAGUGCAGACGUUUGCAAUAAUUUAGAGCAUUUUCAAGGCCUAAUGUAGAAUCUGGCUGUAAUUUUAAGCAUUGCAAGGGCUAAUAAAGACUAUGUCAGUAGUUUGAAGUAUUGCAAGGGUUAAAAGUAGACAUGUCAGUAGUUAAGUAUUGCAAGGGUUUAAAGUAAACUUUGGCAAUAGUUUGAAGUAUUGCAAGGGUUAACUGUAGACUAU